CGCAGGCCGGAAGCGUGCGAAGGCGGAGGGAGAGGCGUGAGUGGUUGCGGGAACGCGCUUCCGGCCAGGGCGUCGACGUCGGCCGGCUGCGAAGGGGUUCUCGGCGGGCUCUCCGGCUAGCACCUUACGCACCCCUCUGGUUCCGAGGCUCUCAGUCUCCGCUCAUCUCGCCGUAGGCCCUGACGACAUGAGCAGCAAAGAAGGCUCAGGAGGGUUCAGGAAAAGGAAGCAUGACAAUUUCCCACAUAACCAGAGGAGAGAAGGGAAGGAUGUUAACUCAUCUUCACCGCUGAUGUUGGCCUUCAAAUCAUUUCAGCAGGAACUUGAUGCAAGACAUGACAAAUAUGAGAGACUUGUGAAGCUUAGUCGGGAUAUAACUGUUGAAAGUAAAAGGACAAUUUUUCUCCUACAUAGGAUUACAAGUGCUCCUGAUAUGGAAGAGAUAUUGACUGAAUCAGAAAUUAAAUUGGAUGGUGUUAGACAAAAGAUAUUGCAAGUAGCCCAAGAGCUCUCAGGAGAGGACAUGCAUCAAUUUCAUAGAGCCAUUACUACAGGACUGCAGGAAUAUGUGGAGGCUGUCUCUUUUCAACACUUCAUCAAAACACGAUCACUAAUCAGUAUGGAUGAAAUUAAUAAACAAUUGAUAUUUACAACAGAAGACUAUGGAAAAGAAAAUAAGACCGUGGAGAAAAAAACAACAAAGGAGUCUAAAGGAGCUGAGGAGGAGACAGUGAAAGCGAUAAAUCACGAUGGUCCGUGCUAUGUGGGGAUAGAAGAGGCCAGAAAGGGACUAAGCGACUUAGGAAAACAUGAGUGGAUCACAAACCUGGAGGGCUUUAAGAUUUGUCAUUUGAAUAACCCUCCUCUGAUGCGCAGGAUAAGCAGUUUGGUACUUGGAGACUGAAAAUCACACCUGUUGAUUACCUGCUGGGAGUGGCUGAUUUAACUGGAGAGUUGAUGCGGAUGUGUAUUAACAGUGUGGGGAAUGGGGACAUUGACACCCCCUUUGAAGUGAGCCAGUUUUUACGUCAGGUUUACGAUGGGUUCUCAUUCAUUGGCAAUACGGGACCUUACGAGGUUUCUAAAAAGUUGUAUACCCUGAAACAAAGUCUGGCCAAAGUGGAGAAUGCUUGUUAUGCCUUGAAAGUCAGAGGUUCAGAAAUCCCAAAACAUAUGCUGGCAGAUGUCUUUUCAGUUAAAACAGAAAUGAUUGAUCAAGAAGAGGGCAUUUCUUAGGAUACCCUACUUGGUUGUUAUUCUCUUGAGAGACCAGUUUGUAAGACUGUUAUUUGGUAAUUCGUUUGACUUUAUUGUGGCUUUUACAUAGAAAUGUUUUCAGUUGUACUUGUUUUAAAUUGUAAACAACCUGUACAUAAAUUAUCGAGACGAAUCAUUUCUUUAUCUUACUCAUGAACUUUUGCAUACAAAUGUUUGCAUAUAUGCCUAUUUGAAUUUUUGCUGGCUAAAUUUCAUCAUUUAUCUUUGUAAUGUGAACAUGCUUCAGAGUGUACUUCCUGCCAUACCUGUUUUAAUUUACAGUGUGUGAAGUCUGGAGUGAUAAUAUUUAGUGGAAGCCAUUUAUAAUUUAAGUGAAGAUUUUGUUAUAUAUAGCAAAGAUUUCUUAGUUACGCGUCUGGACUUGAGCUUCCUGUUUAAAUUUCUUGGUAAUACUUUGUCAAGCGUCCACUAUAGGCUUAUUCUAUAGGACAAGAAUGAAAAAUUAUUAAGUUAUCAAUAGACUUAAUUUUAUGAGGUAUAGUAGUGAGAAUUCAAAUUAUAUUCUGGCCAGUUUUUAGGCCAUUUUGAAUCCAUUUGAAAGCCUUCCAGAAAAGUGACAAGACACCCAGUUUUUAGUUUUUACAUCUGGUUUUUAUCCUUUAUCACAGAAAGUCUGAUAGUGAAUUGGAGCUAAUGUUUUAAUAUCUUCACUGGUGUUUGACUUCAAUUAUAUAAUUGUACAUACAUCUGAAAAUCUUUCAGUAAUGAUUAUUUAGCAGUUCUUCCAUUGUCAUUAUAUUACAUUAGGCAUGUUUCUUAUAGAUGUGUCUAUAAGAAAUUACAUUUAAAUAAUUAUAAUGAAGUUUGAAAUUUUUGAAAUACUGAGUUAAUUCAAACCUUUAUAGUUGUCCAGUUGUGUUACUUGAUAGUAUAAAAAGUUGCCAAAGAAAAUUUAUCAUGUACAAUUCAGCAAUAAGACAAUUGUCAACACAGUUGGGAAGAACAGUGGUAGUCUCUAGUGAUAUUUAGAAUUGGAAUUUGCCUUCUGGGACUGGUUAUGGCUUAUCCCUGUGACGUGAAACUGACUAGCGCGCGACACUGCUCGCUGACGACCAGACGCUUCCGUUCGGUUUUGUGAGUUUUGAGAAUCUAGAUAAUGGAUUUCAUUUGUGGAAAGACUAGCUGCUCUGUUUGCAAGGGCUGGUUCUUUGAAAGUGAAAUUUUCCCCAAAACAAAUAUAUAUCUCAUAUAUAUAUCAUGUAAAGGAAAUGAGACGUAGACAUGCCUGAUAAAUUAGGUUGGUUGGUUUGCUUUGGUGGUGAUAAGUGUUUUGGUUUUCCUACUUGAGGACAUUGCUAAAAUAUAGUUUCAUUACAUAUUUUUGUUUCUUUUGCCACUUAAAGUUAAAUUUAUAAUGUUAAAAGUAAAAUAAUAAAUGGAUUGAUGAAUGUCUUACAGAUGUUUAAAACUGAAGUCUUUAAAUAAAAUAUUAAAAGAUAAAA